GUGUCUCCACCCCUGUAGAGUCCAAACUCCGCUUUAGUUGCGUUUGUUUUGAAAUGAGCUGGACGGAACCUGUGGGAAGAAAUUUAUAACAAGAAAUAAAUUAAAUGUGGGAGAAAAACAGCCUGGAGUCAUCAGGAAAGACGUGCAGGAUUGACCUAAGAGUGAAAAGAGAGAGAGAGUAAAGUGAGAUUAGACUCCUGGACAGGUUCACACACGCUCCUGCACUUCUCAAUUCGGUUUAAUUCUGACUCUACUGAUUUCCCUGUGCUGGACUGUGGGGCUUUUGUUUGUUAAAGAUGGUCUCAGAGGAGGACAUCUCAAAAGAAGUGCUGGAGAGCGUGCAGGAUGCGGUGGGCCGACAGCUCAAACUGAACCUGAGAAAGAAGGUGCACCUGGAGGGCAAAGGUGACAAACAGGACACCCGAAUCCUGGCUCUGGCUCCACAUCGGGCAUUUCUGCUGUCAGCUCGGGUUCCUGCCAGGGUAGAACAAAGCUUCAAUUUCUUUGACAUCCAAGUAGUGGGAAGCAGCAGGACAGGCCAGCUGGUGGUGGACUAUGACAAAGGACAGCUGUGUGUGAAACUGAGCUCUAAUGAAGAGGUAGAUGAAGUCAUUGCUCAGAUAGGAGUCAGCAUACAGGAGCACUGCCCUGGACUCAACCCACUGAGGGUGAUGAAGAGGUUAUCGCUGAAGCCCUCUGAGAGGACAACCAGUCUACAGGCAUUCUGGGAAAAUAAUCCUCCCACUGAUACUGGACCCUGUGGUGCUUUCUCUCGUAUGUACUGGUGUGUGUGUGAUCAAAUGGGGCUGCCCUACAAAGCAGAGGUGCAGUGGGACGUGGACACUAUCUACCUCACUCAAGACACACAAGAGCUUAACCUACAGGACUUUAUUCACCUGGAGACCAGGGAUCUGAUGGCCAUCGUGGCAGUUCUUGAGUACAACCAGUGGUUCACUAAACUCUCGCUCAAGGAUUAUAAACUGUCUACAGAUUUAUGUGAUCAGAUCUUGAGAGUUGUAGCUCGUUCUAGCAGAUUAGAGGAGUUGGCUCUGGAAAACACAGGACUUAAAGCUGAUUUUGCACAAAAGUUGGCCAGCGCUCUGAGCCAGAACCCACAAUCAGCUCUACAUACACUCAACCUGGCCAACAACUCAAUGGAAGACAAAGGUAUUGCGUCUCUGAGUUCUCCACUCGGAAAACUUCCAUCGGGGCUGAAACAUCUAAACCUCUCGAAAAACUCCCUGUCAGCUAAAGGAGUGAACAUUCUGGCUCAGUCUCUGUGUUCCAACUCGUCCUUCUUUAACACACUCACACACCUUGACCUGUCUGGAAACACGCUGAGGGGAGAUGACUUGCCCAUCCUGUGUAACUUCCUGAGUCAGCCGAAUAGCCUUCACACUCUGGAUCUGUCCAACUGUGACUGUGCUCUGGACCUGAUCUGCUCGUCUUUACUCCGAGGUUCUCUGAAGCAUCUUUCAGUCCUCAACAUGUCCAAGAGUGUCUUGAAUAUUAAGAAAGGAAAGGAGCUGCCCUCCUCCUUUAAGCAGUUCUUCAGCACGGCCCUGGCCCUCAACACCAUCGUUCUGUCCGGCACCAAACUGCCUCCAGAGGCCCUGAAAGCUCUGUUGCUAGGUCUGGCCUGUAAUCCCAACCUAAAAGAUAUCUCUUUGGAUCUGAGCAGUUGUGAGCUGCGGUCAGCUGGAUCUCAGAUCCUGGAAGGCUGCAUAGCUGAGCUCCCCAACGUCUCUAGCCUGGAUAUUUCAGACAACGGUUUGGACUCUGAUCUGACGACUCUGCUGGUGUGGGUGGCUAAGAAUCGCUCCAUCAGACAGCUGUCUCUGGGCAAGAACUUCAACAACAUCAAAUCCAAGAAUCUGGGGCAGGUGCUGAACAGUUUGGUUCUUAUGAUCCAGGAGGAGGAAUCUCCACUCAGCUCACUGUCGCUGGCUGAUUCUAAGCUGAAGGCUGAUUUGUCCAUGGUGUUGAAUGCUGUUGGAGGAAACAGCUCCCUGACUCGAUUAGACAUCAGCGGCAAUGGAAUGGGAGACAUGGGGGCUAAAAUGCUGGCCAAGGCUCUCCAGAUCAACACCAAGCUCAGGACUGUGAUUUGGGACAGGAAUAACGUCAGUGCUCAGGGUCUGCAGGACGUGGCGGCUGCUUUGGAGAAGAACUACACUAUCCGCUUCAUGCCGGUGCCCAUCAUGGACGCUGCACAAGCUCUUAAGUCCAACCCCGAGAAAACCGAGGACGCCCUUAUGAAGAUGGAGCAUUAUCUCUUGAGGAACCAUGAAACGAGGAAAUACCUUCAAGAGCAAGCCUACAGGCUGCAGCAAGGCAUUGUCACAUCCACCACACAACAGAUGAUUGACAGGCUAUGUGUGAAGGUGCAGGACCACCUAAACUCUCUUCGCUUCAGUGAGAGGGAGAAGGUUCUAGAGGACAUGAAAGCAGCAGAGAGACUACUCCAGGAUGCCCGAAACUCGAAAAGACUGCUGGCCAGAAUGUUUCAGCUGCGUUCAUCACGACGUGGAGCUGGAGACGGAGGUGAAGACGGAGGAGGAGGAGGAGGAGGAGGAGGAGUGUGUGUACAGGCCGAGAGCCCGUGGGUCACCCCAAUUCAUGAUAAGCUUCAGUCGAUGGCAGGAGAAGUUAGCACUGUCAUAAACCAGCAGCUGCAGAGUUUGUUGGUGUCCAUGUUGGACACGGCGGAGAGUGUGUGUCCUCAUGUGAUGCGCACUGCGAACCUGAGGCCAACUCUGGUGCGUGUGAGUGAGGGGAAGAUGAGCGUGCCUAAAAGCUUCAUCACCAACACUCUGCUCGAGCAGUCUGCGGUCGACAUCAUCAACAAGAUCAGUGAGGUAAAGCUCAGCAUGGCUUCCUUCCUGUCCGACCGCAUUGUUGAUGAGAUCUUAGAGAAUCUCUCUCACUCUCAGCACACACUGGCGGAGCAUCUGAGUAGGCGUGGCCAGCCGCUGAUCCAUCAUGAUUCAGAGGAGACUGAGGUUCUGGAGGAGGGGCAGCUGGAACCAGAGAACCUUCCACCACCUUCAUCUGACCUUCUGAAGCUGUCCCCAACUUCUAAGAGGCAAAGCAUCCUGUUCCGGAUGGUGCGUCCCAUCUCUGUGGCCUUUGAGCUUGAGUUUGAUUUGGAUAAAGCACUGGAGCAUGUGCCCAUCCACAUGGAAGACCUUCCUCCACCUCCUGAACCUGUGGAAGAAGAGUUAGAGAGGCCUGAGAGUGUGUUUUUCAUUGAUCUGCCAGAAACAGAGAGUCCCAAAUUGCAGCACAUUACCAAACUCCGCCCACGCAGGAAGAAGACCUUCACAAAACCGAGAAAAGUAGCUACUUCUGCUGUGGAUGUGGAGCCCACAGAGUUUGUUGGGAAAGUGGAUGAAGGAGUGGAUGACUUUUUUGCUAAAAAAGUCACAAAGAUGGGCAUCAAGCGAUCCUCCAUGAAAGACACAGGUUCGGAAGGGGAAAGGAAGCGGGAAUCUCGCAUGAGUGGCUUCUUCAACCUCAUUAAAUCACGAACCUCCUUGAAAUCUCCACCCACCAGCCCACACUCACCCACUCCUGCUCCAACAAUCUCCUCUACGCCAUCUACCACUGAACAUGAUAACGUAGAAUCCACAAAGCCUGCAGUGAAAAGCCCCAUCCUCGAUCACACCCCAGAACCAAUCAAGACUCAGGUGCCGGAGAAAGCUGAUCCAUGUGAACCUGUAGAUACCUCUAGGACCUCUGAGAGUAAAGGACAUGCAGAAGAGGGUAAGAAGCGUGAGGGGCUGCCUGGGGGUCGAAUCCGAGGGGUGCAGGUGAUGGGGAAUGACUUCCUGGCACAGCUGCGGGCCAAACAAGAGAAGAUGAAAGAGAAAGCAAGUGAACCCUCACCUGCAAACAAAGCCGAAUCCAACCACGCUGAUGGUGACAGUGCAGCGGUAGAGAAACCAGUGCAGAAAGAGCACCAUCUAGAAGCUGUGUCCAAAUCUCUUUCUAGCCAUAUCCUGAAACCAACUGCACCUGCUUCUGCCCACACCCCUGCAGCCAAACAAACCCUUCCGGCUGUACACACUGGUCUCAAAGCCUCACCAUCCAGCAACCCAAAAUCCACCAUGAGCAGCCACCCAGAGCUCCAGUCCAUCCAGGAGCACCAUCCUCAUAGCCCCCUGAGCAGCUCCAGCACAUCUGCAUCUGAUGUCUCAGGUCACCUCGAUGCUUCCUCCUCCACCAAACAAUCAGCAACAGCUCAACAUCAGAAGGAGGAUUCAUUUAAAAUGGAGAAAGAGGAACAUAUAUCUGUUUCUCCUGACUCACCUCCUAUAGUGCUGGAGCCGCCGGUAGAGGGCAGUGUGUUUGAGCCUGAAUCCUACACACAAACAUCACAAACUGAGGCGGCAGGACAGGGUCGCACCUCGCUUCACUCCGCCGGGUCCACAAGUGCUGCUGAAAAGAAAGACGAUCGACAGCGCACCGUUUCUCUGCCUGCUCAAGUUGAACUUCUGAGUUCUUCAGGCUCCACUUCCUCUCCAGAACCUUUGAAUUCCAGCAGCACUGAAACACAGCUUCAUGACUCAGAUUCAACACAAGAGGAAGUCUCAUCCAGUGAAGAAGAGAAUGUGGAAUAAAAGCCGAAGCACACAAGGAACUGUUUCUCAAAAGCGUAGCUGCAGAAAGAUCACAGUUAAAUAGUACAAUGUACAAAAAAUGCCAGUCUAGAAAAUGCCAUACCAUGAUAGGUAGAAAAAUGUAUAAAAAACACCAUAAAAGCAGGAGAAGAAAGAAUUCCAAACAAGCAAUGAAUGUAACAUUAACACCAAAGAGAACAACUGUGUAGACCAAACACCAACAUAACUAGGAGGGCAAAAUUAAUACUUUUACCAGACCAAAAAACCCAAAAAGGGUU